AUGGCGUCAAUUGAAACUGGGUCAAGUUGUUUCACUGAGUGUCUUGGUAGUAUAAUAGAUCAAAUGUGUCGUAAAUCAUCUUAUUCAAAUUCUGUUAAACUUAUCAAUUUAAAUUAUUCAAAUGAAAAUGUAGCACAAAGUUUUACUUAUCAAGUUGUAUCAGUUUUAAAAGGAACAAUUAUACCUUACAGUCUAAGAAGAUUUUUGUGGCCGCUAGCAUUAUUUACAAUCACCGAACGGACUAGAUCAGAAUUUGAAAAUCCAAUUAUUUGGAAUGGACAUAAAAUGAGAGAAUUUGAAUCAUCUGCACGAAAAACCUUUGGCGUUUUGUUGGCAUCUGGAACCGCAAAACUUGGAUUGACUACACCAAUGUGUUCAAAAUUUGAUGAUAUCAUUAAGAAAAGUGUGAAAGAGAUCAGUCUAGAACUUGAAACAAAAUUCAAAAAUCAACAAAACCAAUUUAAACAAUUCAAAGAACAAUCAGUGAAAAUUUUAAAUGUAUUUUAUACAGCUAAACAAAUUUAUGAUCCACUUUAUAUUUAUUGGCUUCUUCCUAUACAUUUUGCACUUAAUAAAGACUAUAUUUAUGAAUUAAUUAAACAUUUUCCUGAUAUACCAACAAAAGUUUCACAUAAUUCAGCUGAUGAAGGUAUUCAAAUCUAUUCCUUUGCUUUAUGUUUAAGUAUAUUUGUUGAUAUAAUGAGUAAAAAGUAUGGAUUAUAUCAUAAUAAUGUUAAUAAUAUAAUUGAAAAAACAAUGAACAAUAUCAAUCAACUACAAUGUAUUCAACAUAUUAAAAAUGUUCAUAAAGAAUUUAUUCUCCGAAAUUCUAAUGAUAAUAAUUCUAUUAAGAAAUUGGAUUUCGAACUAUUUGUUGGCACUGUAAACAGUAUAGCUUUAUUAUUUUUUUGGGAUCAAUUAUUUUUAAAUUCAUUCAAUUGUGAUGUGAUUAUUGAAUUCGCUGAAACAAUCCUUGUAUUAUUAGGCUCAGAUAUUUUACAAAUUAACAAUUUUAUUGACAUGGAACAACUAUUAAACCAUGGACCGAAUAAACUUCUAACGAAGGACAUAAUUCAAACAUGGAAUAUGAUUCAUUUAGAUAAAGUUUUAGAUGAUAAUUAUUAUAAAUUAAACAGACUUUCUGGGAAAUUAGUAUCAUUAACAAAGGAAAUACAAGAAACAUCGAAGAAAGAUGUCAAUUUCUAUUUACAAGACUUUGCUAUACAUAAUAUAAUUGUAACAACAGUAACAGAUUCAAGAAAAAUUUUACCCCCUGAUUUAUUUCGUAUAAAAUUGGACUAUAUGGUUGAAGAGGAAAUAAAACAAAGUACUUUGACUGAAACUAUACCGACAAUUAUAUUUCAUGGGAAAAUAUCACGAAUAUAUGAUUUCUUAGAUCAGAUUUAUUCUACUGAUGAAGAUUACAGUAAAAAUAAGCCUAAUUCAAUCACAAAUUAUUCAUAUCCAUCAUUUAUGCAAGAACAAUCUAAAAUGUAUAUUACCAUGUUUCAAUUUAACAUGGAACAACCAUACUCUUUUAUGAUUUAUCCAUAUAAAUUAUGGACACGUGAGGUUAUCAAUCCAAUUGAACAAGGUACCUAUCCAGAAAUAUUAUAUGAUUCUGCAUGGACUAUGGAUUAUUUGUUAAUUCCAUUCAAUUAUUUAUUUUAUCACUUCUACUCAUUACCCAUCAUAGAAACAGAUAAUUCUAUACCACUUCAACUUCUACAUGGGUCACGAAUCUCUCUUCGACUUUAUAACCCUAAUAUUGAAGUAGUACCGACAGUUAUAGAACAACCAACUAUCUAUAUAACUAGAUCAGUUCAAACUAAGGUGAUAUAUAAAGAAACAGUAAAUAUUGAAGAUGCUGAAUAUCUUCAAGAAGAACAAAUUAUAGACCAGGAAGUUGAGGAUAUUGAAGAAUUAAGUCCACCAGCUACUCCGAUCGACGAUCCAUGGGUACCAUUCAAAAAACUUGCACCAUACGAAAGAUUAAUGAAACCAUCUUCAACAUCUGAACCAUUUUGUAUUUAUGUCGAUCAAUUACGCUUCAUGCCAGAUAACUCGACAAUUUUUAAGGUUACUGGUCGGUUACUAAAUACAAAGUAUGAUGAGGAACUAUCGGACAUCUUACUUGUACCAGAAGAAAAUUUUGAGAUAAGAGAGACUAGUAGAUCACCAGUUUUUUCUCCAAAUCAACGUUUUAUUGUUAAUCUUAGUCAAAACAAAACUUUAUCCCAGAACUCUUUACUAUUUCUAAGAGUGUAUACACUUACACUUACAAAUCUAAAAUAUGUAGUCAUUGGAAACGUUCUACUGAAGUUAUUCAAUUCAAAUGGUCUACUUAAUAUUGGUGGGCAUCAACUCAGAUUAAGAUGUGAAGUACCGAAACCAAUAUCUCAGAACAUGAAUAAUAAUGAAGUAUUUUAUCAAGACGAUUCAUUAAACAAUGUACCUUAUAUACAUUGUUCAACAAUUCUUGUUCGUCUCUUACCUUAUACAGAGGAGCCUUUACCUCAACCGGAAUACAGAUUUCGAUCAUAUCGUUCAGUUGAAUCGACUCCAACAAAUUUUGAAUGGGUUGUAUAUCGUCAAUUCCAGUCUGAUGAAAAUAGGAAAACAGACAUACACAGUAUGGUGAAAAUGAUUUUACGGCGCGAGGGUGAAUUCGACAAAUCUUCAGAACAAAAUGACUUCUUAACUCCUGAUUAUCUAUAUCGUUACACACUUCAACGAUUAUCAAUUAAAAGAAAUACAACUACAAAUGGUAUACCAAACCAAAUGAGUUCAGCGUUUCCAUUUUUCUAUCGUGUAAAUGACGGUUUUCUGUUAAGUUUAAAGGACGCUAAGGGUUUGAUAGUAAAAGAAGGAGAUUAUAUUUUUGGGUUGGCUAAAGUUAUACGAAGCUCUGAUACUAGCCUUAUGCCAGUUAACAAAUUUUAUGGUUUUGGCAAUGAUGAUGACUUACUAUUUGACAGAUUUGAUGCAACAAUGUCUCUUGAAAAUCCUAAAUGGGAAGAUGCGCCUCAACUUACUAAACCAUACUACGAUUCGAAUGCAUUACUAAUCAUACAGAUAUUUAGAGUGCCUUUAGUAUUCACUAUUGGUGGAUCAAUAAGUAUAACCAAAUCAGGCAACUGGUUCAUUCCACAACUGGUUUCUCGAAAACCGAACAAACGACAAAUCACUAAAUUACGAAGGAUACACUUGAUUGGUUGGUCGUUCUUGCGUCUUUUUGAUUGGGGAUUUUUACGUAAUGGAACGCAUAAACUUUGUCUUCUUAAACCUCCAAUUCGUCUACGAACAUUAGAUAAAAUACAAAAUAAAGAUGACGAAAAAUCAAUCAUGCUAAGAUCAGAUAGUUUUCUGGAAAAUGCAAGUCUCACUAUACAAUUACAAAGUGCUCGCUUUCUAGAUUUUGUUGAAGAAUUAAAAAUAGAUCAGCAGCCAUAUUAUUCUCAUAUUCCAAACGACGAACAUGGUACAGUAGACGAAUAUGAAAAUGUUAAUCAACAAAUGAAAGAGUCUAGUAGGACUAACUUAGAUUCCAUGGCGGAAUUCAGAGCUAAAUCUGAUACGAAUUGGCUUCAACAAGGAGAAAUUGGAAGUGAAAAACUUUACGCAGAAAUUCAUGAGUUUCUGAAGAAUCAAGUGGCGAACUGUUCAUCAAAAAAAGAAUAUAUGCCAUUAUUUUUUUCUCGGCUAUAAUUAU